AGUGGUGAAAAAGGCGGAAAUUGCGGAAUGCCUUUUUACGAGACUGGAUCUACGGCUUCACUGUACAGCAGAGUUCGAGGAUGGGACCACGGGCAAAGCUUAUGCUUCUGCACACAACAUCGUCCUUCUGGUGUACAUAAUUUCGAUUCAAGUUACAGGGCUUAUGGCUGCCGUAGUCUCACCACUCCUCCGUUUCUACUAUUCCAAAAAAAAUUCCACUUAUGUACUUCGCCCUAUCUGGUACCCGUGGGACAUGAUCGCCUCAAGACCAUUAUUCUGGUUUGCUGCAGUAUACGAAGUUAUACUAAUUUAUCACACGAUUCACAUUUGCUCUUGUGCGGACUUGAUGUUUAUGCACUUUAUGAUAACUGCCAGUGAGAGAUUCAAUACUCUCGGGAAAUAUUUGAUGAGAGGUGCGCCUGCGGCAUAUCAAGUGGAAAUUGCGU